AAUUAAUAAAAAAAUAAAUCCACAAAAUAUAGUGGCUGAGAUUGUUCCUUGGUGUAGUUUCUGGUGUCUUCGGGGUUACCGAAAAUUGGUUUUCUCUUCCCUCUGCCGCUUCCCCUCCUCAUCAGUUCUCGCAGGACAUAGUUUUUGCCUUUUCAAUUUUUUUUCCUAGUUUCCGAUCCACCAUUGCCGGGAACAGUGAGUUUUCAUGUGAGUUUCCGGUGAGUUCGUGCGUGCAUGGUCGCUAACUCUAUCCGUACUUGUACAGCUUUCCUUCACCAUGACUUUCUCGCAAGGUACUUUCUCUCAUUUCUAGGAAUUGGAGUCUUUGUGUUCGUUUUGGUGAGGACUCUGAAUAAAGGAAUUUACUUUUAAGUUGUAACGGAGAAGCGUCUCUCUGUUCUGUUGUAGCGGAUUUUCUGAUUCUGUGGAAUUCAAACAAGACGACGGCUUUAUUGGUAGUAUUGAGUGGUGCAAGAAAUGAAGGGAGGCUUCUGUUCUAUCCGUUGCUCGUUAGCGAGGAUUUGAAGCAGCGUUAGCUGCUUAAGGUCCGGUAAUGGAUACAUGCUCCUCUGGAGAAGACUUGGUUAUUAAGACGAGGAAACCAUAUACAAUAACCAAGCAACGAGAAAGAUGGACAGAGGAGGAGCAUAACAGGUUCCUAGAGGCAUUGAAGCUCUAUGGACGAGCUUGGCAGCGAAUCGAAGAACAUAUUGGUACAAAGACUGCCGUGCAAAUCAGAAGUCAUGCACAGAAGUUCUUUUCAAAGUUGGAGAAGGAGGCUGUUGCUAAAGGUGUUCCGAUAGGAGAAGCACUUGAAAUAGACAUUCCACCACCACGUCCCAAAAGGAAACCAAGCAAUCCUUAUCCUCGAAAGACAGGUGUGGGUCCUCCCACAUCACAGGCAGGAGCAAGGGAUGGAAAGCUUUUAACUUCAACUUCUUCUCCACAUUGUAGGAAAGUUUCAGAUUUGGAGAAAGAACCACGUCCUGAGAAACCUAAUGGAGAUGAGAGGCCAACCAGUGCUAAGGAAAAUCAGGAUGACAAUUGCUCAGAAGUAUUUACCCUUCUCCAAGAAGCUCAUUGUUCCUCUGUAGCUUCAGUCAACAAGAAUUGUGUACCAGCACUAGAGGUUCUCAAAAAGACUAGCUCUUUCAGGGAGUUUGUACCUUCACCGAAGAAGGGAAAUCAUGAUGCAUGCAAUGAAUCCUUUAUCACUGUCGAGCAUGAAGCAAAUCAAAAGUUGGACAGCUCUGAUGCCAAUCAGACAGUUUUGGAUAAUGGCACUGUUAAAGCUUCAAAAUCAGAAAAUGCUUGCUCCUUGCAUGAGAUAUUGUUUCAGCAAAAGAAAUCAGAUGAUUUUACUGGAGCAUUGCGAACAGAUGGGAUGCAAACCAUGCAGAACUAUCCAAGGCAUGUCCCUGUACACGUUCUAGAUGGGAGCCUGGGAACAUGUAUGGAAACUCCCUCUGAUUUGUCAUUUCAGGAUUCCAUGUUUCAUCCGGUAGGAGAUAUUCCAGCGUGUCCCAUUUUAUACUCACAUCCUGCUGGAUCCACUACCACUGAUCAUCCAACUAAUUUGCCAAGAUCCUCUAUGCAUCAAUCAUUUCCAUUUUUUCCUCCAUUUACCCCGAUUCAUCAUAAUCAAGAUGACUACAGAUCAUUUCUCCCCAUAUCCUCCACAUUUUCGAGUCCCGUUGUAUCUACUCUGCUACAAAACCCGGCAGCCCAUGCUGCAGCAAGCUUUGCAGCUACCUUUUGGCCCUAUGGAAAUGUGGAGAGCUCUGCAGAUUCUCCAGCAUGUGCCCUAGAAUGUUUCCAAUCGGGGCAAAUAAACUCUGCUCCCAGUAUGGCAGCUAUUGCCGCUGCUACAGUGGCAGCAGCAACUGCAUGGUGGGCAGCACAUGGACUACUUCCCAUAUGUGCUCCUCUUCACACUGCCUUUGCCUGCCCUCCUGCUUCUGCAACUGCAAUUCAGCCUGCAGAUACCGAUCAAGUUCCUCCAGCCAAGCCAGAAAGGAAGGAAACAACUCCUGAUAAUCCUCCUUUGCAAGGUGAAAUACAGGACCUGGAGCACUCUGAAGCUGUGCAAGCUCAAAACUCUGCGUCAAAACCACCAUCGUUGUCAUCAUCAGAUUCUGAAGAGAGUGGAGGCACAAAGCUAAACACUGGACCAAAAGUUACUGAUCACGAGUUAAAUUCAAAAGCUUCUGAGGUCCAGGAUUCAGGCAAAACAAAGAGCAGAAAACAGGUUGACCGUUCUUCAUGCGGUUCAAAUACACCAUCUAGCAGUGAAAUUGAGACAGAUGCAUUAGAGAAGACUGAGAAAGGCAAGGAAGAGCCAAAAGAAGCUGAUGUAAAUCAUCCAGCCUAUGAGUUGAACUGUCGCCGCAGCAGAAGUAGCAGCAGCAUGAGUGAUUCGUGGAAAGAGGUCUCCGAAGAGGGGCGGCUGGCGUUUCAAGCACUAUUCACCAGAGAGAUAUUGCCCCAGAGCUUCUCACCUCCACAUGAUCUGAAGAGUAAGAUGCACCAGAAGGAAGAUACUGAAGAAAAGAAAGAUCCAGAUGAGAAUGAUGGAGAUGCGUCACUGUUAGAUCUCAACAGCAAAACAUGGGGUUACUGCUCUGGCUAUCGAGAAGGGGAGAAAAAUGCUGUAGUGCCUAGAUGUGUAAACGAUGGGGAGGAAGGGCUGCUGACUAUUGGACUUGGACAUCGAAAUCUGAAGGCUCAUCUAACCGGAUUUAAACCUUACAAAAGGUGUUCACUGGAGGCCAAAGAAAGCAGGGUGGGAAUCACUGGUGGCCAGGACGAGGAGAAAGGCCCCAAGAGGUUACGUUUGGAAAGGGAAGCUUCAGUUUGAUACUUGAUAUUGCACGCUUAAACAAGGGAAAAUCUUUGUUUUUGCAUGUAAUUUCUAAUUUUCUCCCUUGUCUGUCAUUCUGUUCAUGUUUAAAUUAGAGUAACUGCAACCCAGUCGACUUUUCGUGCAAGUGUAUGUGCUUAUAUAUCAGACAUUGGCUUAUUUACUUUCUUGAA